AUGCUCGGCGGGCCGAAAGGGACACCAGUUUGGUAUAUUGAUCGCCAUCCUAUGAGGGUCUUCAAAUGGACGCCGGGCUUCGAUGCUUAUUGUGAGUCUCCGAUCGCGGCUAUUUGGUGCAACCUAAUUGGCCUCCCCAUCCAUCUAUUUGAUCAAUCAGCCUUAUUCGCCAUUGGGAAACUCCUUGGAACACCGAUACGAGUUGAUCGUGCUACAGCCGAUAAAACAAGACUAUCAUUUGCGCGUAUUUGUGUUGAGAUCGACAUUACGAAGCCACCUCCGGAGGAGAUCAUACUUGACAUUUGUGGGCGCGAAACGGUGCAGCAAGUUAAGUGGGGAAAGAUCCCCUCAUAUUGCCGAGAGUGCAAGCAUGUGGGACACUCGAGUGAGGUGUGCUACGCGGCGGGCAAGAUGGAAAGGCCGAAAAAGAGGAACUACAACAUCCCAAAAUAG